UAUUCAUUCUUUUAACAUUUUUAACAAUGGGUUGGGUUAAAUUGGAUUGGGUUGAACUUCAUAUUGGGUUGAAUUGGGUUGGGUUAGGCCGUCCCUAUAUUGUGGUUUUAUUCGAGUGAAAUUGGGUUUUAGAUUCUGAUGCGAGUAGAAACCAGAUAAUUUUUGUUUGAUUGUUGUGUGCGUUUAGAAGUAGCAGGGUAUUGUGUCUAAUUUCUGGAAUUCGCCAUGAUUAAUGUAUUCAUGUACCAGUUUCCGAUUCUGACAUUCUUUCUUGCUGUAUUUACCGUCCCCACUUCGAGCCAUGUGGGCAUGGUUGAUGGUGGAGCCAAAGUUUUGAAAGUCGGGGAAGAGUUGUGGAAGGAAAGUAUGAAAUUACAAAUGGGAACGCGAUUGUAUCAUCUUCAAGGCCUCAAAUCUUUUACUUGGUACGAAGUGAAGAUAUCACAUCCAGCUUCUAUACCUGCUAGUUUUUCAUUGCAACUGAAGGAGGGUAAUUUGGAUUUGGUGCUGAACCAGAACAGGAGGUUACUGAAUACAGAGAAAUUGAUUUUCAAGACUGAUAAUCUGGAUGUGAUCAAUGAUCAGGGUGGAAUGUAUGUUUUAGUGACUGUGGAGCCUGAGGGAGUUGUUGCAAUUCCAAAUGUGAAAGAGAGGGAGUCUAUCAUUUUCAAUAUUGUUUGUGAUGAACUACUGUUAGGCAUUCCUCUAGAAGCUUGGUGGGUUGUCAUCUUGGUGACAAUCUGCUUAAUUUUGGCCUUAGUCAUUCCUCACUUUCUUCCAUCCUAUUUGCUGCUGAAGAAUGGAAGUUUGCAGUCCCCUGCAGAAGGGUUUUCCAAGGAAUCUUGAGAUUAAUUUAGAAUUUGUAUAUUAAGAUUAAAAUGUUCUCUGUUACAUUUUGUAGUUGGUACUUUAUUUAUAAGGCUCCACUCAUUUAAUCUCGGACUUUUUCACAAUAAUGCAUAGUUCACUCAGCACAUAUGUUCAUUUUGUGUGCCCAUUGUAAUGAUAUUACUUAUCAACAGUUGAGCUCAAACAGUUUCAUUAGUUAUUAAUGAAACGUGGGGGUGAAUCUGGUUUGAA